CCGCGUCAUUUUUCUAAACGAAACCCUAGAACUGCUCCGCCGAGCUUCCGGUCCCCUUGGUCGCCGCCUGGCGGAAAUCCAAGGACGAAGGCAGCUGCUAGUCGCGCCUCAUCCAUGGAUCUGGAGAUAGUGGGGCGGCACGCCCUGCUGUUCGACGACGACGCGACGGCCGAGGUCGUCAACUCCGGCGGCUCCCUCGUCCCCUGGGCGGCCGUCGGCGCGGCGGACCUCCUUCUCGACCGCCACGACGUCCGCCACCUCCUAGAUCGUGUGCCCCCUCGACCGCGCCGCGCCUACUCCCAGGCCAUCCUAUCCGUCCCCUCCUCCGACGGCGUCUCGGAGGCCGAGCUCGAUCGCGAGCGCUACCUCGACCUCCCGGCCGCCGAUGGCGGCGACGAAGACGAGGGUCCCGGAGAUGCGGCCCCCUCAGGAAACAGGACAGAUACCAGACAAACUGAUUAUAGUUCUGUUCCUUUCUUGUAUGGGAGUUCUGCUGGUUCGGAAGAUCCAUAUUCUUCUGGCUCAUAUUAUCGGCCAUCAUUUUAUGUGCCAGAAAGCUUGUUGAAUAAGCUGGUUAGUAUAAGCUUUGAUCUUUCACUUUUAACUUCUUUUUUCACACAAAUAUGAUAGAACUUUAUUUCUUCAACCCUUCUAUUAAUCAUCUUCAGUUGAUCCAGCAAUAAUUGUCCAAGGUGCAUAUGUUCUUCUAAGGAUUAAAUGCCUGUUUCAGAUGGUUGGAGCAGAGAUGAAGUUCCUACUAUUGAUGCACAUUGUUUCCUUGCAAUGUAUCUUGACGUAAGGAAUAGGCAGCCUCCCUCUGAGAAAGCGCACCAGAUAAUUGCACGAACGGCUUUAUUUGUCAGUGAGCAUGGGGGACAAUCGGAGAUUGUGUUAAGGGUGAAGCAGGGAAAUAAUCCAACAUUUGGAUUCUUGAUGCCGGAUCAUAAUCUCCACAGCUACUUCCGCUACCUUGUUGAACAACCUCAACUGCUGAAAGAUGGUGUGGAUGCUGUUGACAUGAGUAAAGGCAAAAAAAUUGAGGGUGAGCAUGCCUCAUCUGAAGGGGCUUUAUCAUUGCUUGGGACUGCAUAUGACUCUGGAGAUGAGGAUGAAGGUACACUUCCCCCUGGUUCAAAAGGCAUGGAUCCUGGAAAUACCAGGACCCCUGAUUCUCAGGGCUAUGUAACACCUGUAUCCACUAUACUUGAUAACAAAGUUCAGAGUGCCUUGUCAGAAGCAGCUGCUGCUUCAGCUAACAGUAAACCUAUCUUGAUGAAGAAGAAUCCAAUGAUUACUGGGAACAUCAUUAUCACUGCUCCGCGGGAAGAGGUUAAAGACACAUCUGCAGCAUCAACUACUGCUGUGUCACAAAACAUCAAUUCAGUCUUGUAUGAAACAAAAGAAAUGAUCCUUGAACCACCAUCUUUCAUGAAACGCACCAUGGAGAAAAUAGUUGAGUUUAUUCUAACAAAUGGGAAGGAGUUUGAAGCAAAACUCAUUGAACAAGACAGAACAACUGGAAGGUUUCCAUUUCUUCUAUCAUCCAAUCCAUACCACCCUUAUUAUCUCAAGUUUCUCCAGGAAACCCAAGAGUCCAAGUCACGUGGUAGAAGUCCUGAUCACAAGGACAGAAGAUGUUCUUCUGACUGGAGGGACAGAAGAAGUCCUUCCGAGCGCGAUGGCAGAAGAAGCUCUCUUCAGCGCGAUGACAGAAGAAGCUCUCGCGAGCGUGAUGACAGAAGAAGCUCUCGCGAGCGCCGUGACAGUAGAAGCUCUUGUGAUCGCAAUGACAGUUACAGCAAGGAAAGAACUAGAAGCAAUGAAUGGCCAACUACUGGCAUGAUCUCUGGUUCUUCUGACAGAAGCUCAGCAGGGCCAACAGAGAAGCAGUUGCUUGAUCAACAAGGGAAGGGUAUAUUCCAUCCCAUAAGUGGGGUCAAGAAGGAACCUCCUCGGAAAGUCACUGCAGAUGAAGCUGCUGCUAUUGUAAUGGCAGCUACUCGUGGACUGGGUGCUGCCAGUGACUCUCUUAACACCAUAAAAGGAAAGAAGGAAGACGUUAACAUCCGUGGUAGUAAUGACCAUUCUUCCAGCUUUGGAAGUUUGUCGUCUUUACCAGACCGAGAUGCACCGUCGAAACGCAUUUCAAAUAGUGAGGCAGAUACUUCACUUACAAGUAGUGGACAACCUAAAAAGGAAGGUUUCGGAAUUAUUGAUGAUGAUUGGAUUGCAAACACUAUUGCGAAAGCUGUUGCUGUUGCAGCCUCCAAAGAAGCAGAUUCUUCUGAAGCUUCCAUGACAAAGGAGCAGAAGCUGAAAGCUGAGAGGCUUCGGCGUGCAAAGAUGUUUGCAUCAAUUGUUAAGAGUGGAGGAAACAAGAUGAAUGAUUUAGCUGCAGUAUCAGGUCCAACAGAUGAACCUUCCGAGGCCACACCUGCUGAUAGGAAUGCCUCUGAACUUGAUCCACAACCUGAGGCUAAGGAACGUGAAGGUAGCUCUGCUCCGAUUGAACGUGAUGGUUCAAAUGUGACAAAGCUGGAGAAGGACUCUGAUGAUGAACAGAACAUAGUGCGGAAGUAUCGAAAGAAACAUCACCAAGAGUCCGACGAGGAGAAAGAUGAAUCAGAGGAAAGCUACAAGCCCUCGAGGAAGAGGCACCGGUCAGAGCAUUCAAGAGCCCAUAGUAAGGAUGUCCACAAACAUAAGCACAAGAGUCACUCCAAGGGCAGGGAAUCCAGACACCGUAGGCACCGGCAUAGCUCUUCGGAAGAUGAGCAUGAGCAUCGGAGUUCCAAGUCAAGGCAUCGGCACAGGGAUGAGGAUCGCUACUCUGAUGAUGAAGAGCAUAGCAGGUCACGUAGGCACCAGAGGGAACAUCGCUCCAGUUCUAAACGGAAGCAUGAGGAAGGGCAAGAUCCCAGUGAACUAGAAGUGUCCCCGAGCCCAUCAGGUGCUAAGUUUGAAUCAGCCAAGCCACCCGGUAACACUUCUCAGUCUUCUCCGGGGGUAACUGAAGUGCCGAGUGAGCUGAGGGCAAAGAUUAGAGCGAUGUUGCUAGAGACGCUGUAAUUCUUUGUUAUAAGCAAUUCACUUGUAACCUUAGAUCUCUGUUUCAAAUCUCUGUCCUGUAACCUACUUGCUCUAUUGUAUCUGGUUCAAACGUUCCUCCUUUGCGCUCAGAUCCCCAUUUUGUCAGAUAAAAUGCUAAAUAUGUAAACCUGAUUCCGACAGGUUUUUGACAACCUGAUUCCCCAUUCAUUGCUUCUA